CUUCCAUGAUUGCAUGUCAUGUGAUGCCAAGGAAGAACACGUGGGAAAACGUUUGUAUCUUGGUGUAGGGUGAUUACAGUAGUGCAUUUUGUCUUGUAAUGUGUUAUUAUGUCACUGUACAAUCGAGCGGCAGAAAUUCUGGAAAAACUAGAGCGGAAGGAGGGCUCCGUGAAAAACUUAGUUUACAGCAGUCGGGAUCAGAAUAUCAAGCAGUUAUACGCUCUGGUGUGUGAGACACUGAAAUACUCCUCUGUCCUUGAAUCAAUUAUCACUAGCACAAACCUUUUGAAGGAGGAGAAGAAGCUUAAGAUGAACCUUGCCAAGGUACUGGUGUAUGAUUUGCUGUUUGGCAAAGGGUUGAAGUGUGGUGGCGUUUGGAAGGUGAUUAUUAUGAGGCACAAGUCACGGCUGAAAUCAUCCCUUGCUAUGAUGAAGGUGAAGCAGAAAGUGAGUCGCAAUGAAGAUUUGUUAUGCUCUGAGCCACAGGCUUUUGAAGAUCUGACGCUGCCUCGGUAUGUCCGUGUGAACACCCUCAGAACUAACAUGGAUGAUGUAAUGGAUAGUUUUAGACGAGAUGGGUACACCUACUUAGGCAAAGCCUCCAGUUUAGAGGACCUGAGACAUCUGUCAGGGAAGCAAUUUAUCUGUGACCUCCAUGUACCAGAGCUGCUGGUUUUCCCUCCUAAAACUGACCUGCAUAGUCACUUCCUGUACACAGCAGGUCAUAUUAUCCUCCAAGAUAAGGCCAGCUGCCUACCUGCUUAUCUUCUCAGCCCACCAGUAGGAUCCCAUGUCAUUGAUGCCUGUGCAGCUCCUGGCAACAAGACCAGUCACUUAGCUGCAAUACUGAAGAACAAAGGGAAACUAUAUGCCUUUGACUUAGACAUGAAACGUGUGGUCACCAUGAGCACCCUUUUGCUGCGAGCAGGUGUAACAUGUCAUGAACUAGCUAAUCAGGACUUCCUCAAGACAGAUCCCAACAAUCCCAAGUACAGAAACGUUAAACACAUUCUCCUAGACCCAUCUUGCAGUGGCUCAGGAAUUGUUAGUCGUCUGAAUCAGCUGACAGAUGAUAAGGCAUCCUCCUCGAGUGAACGGUUGCAGGCACUGUCUGGUUUCCAACGUAAAGCUUUAAGCCACGCCUUAUGCUUUCCUACAGUUGAGCGUGUGGUGUAUUCCACAUGUUCAGUGCACACUGAGGAGAAUGAAGAUGUUGUCAGAGAUGCUUUGAAGGAGCACGGAGAUCAGUUCAGGCUGGUUAAUCUGCUUCCUGAAUGGCCACAUCGAGGACUGGAAACAUUUCCUACAGGAUCAUACUGUUUGCGAGCUUCUUGCAAGACAACACUCACAAAUGGAUUUUUUGUGGCAUUGUUUGAGAGAAAAAGUGUGGAAAGCAAGAACUAUAAAAGAUCAUGCAGUGAGGAAACCAAUAUAAAGUUAACAUCACCUAGAAAAUGUACCAUCAAGUUAAAGAAAAGACUAAAGCGAAACACUGUUAAUCCUGUUAAACAGUCCUGUAAUGAUGGAAUUGAUACCAAGUCUCCCUCAGCAAAAUCGUGUAUACUCAAAUUAAAGAAAAAGAAAAGACGAAAGCAGAACCCCAUUGUUCAUGUUAAGAAAGAAUGAUAAUUAUAAUACAUUUUAAACAAGGUGGCUUUUUGGAUUGGGCUGAGCUUUUUAUGAACAAAGUUGCACUCAACACAUGUAUUUAGAAAUAUGUAGCACAGUUUGACCCAGCCCCCUAGGAUGAAGACAAAAAGUGCAAGUUAGUUGUUUUGUCUUGGACUGCAUUAUUUUAACUGAAAGGUGGCAGUGCAUAACUUUUUAAUGUCAGUUUUUUCAAGGAUAACCAUCAGUUGGAAUGUGUAAAACCUUAUUUUGAGUCGUGUAUUUUGCAUAACACUUAUUAAAUAAGACUUGGGCUGUU